GGCGCGCAAGGAGAGCACUGGGACAACAAACACCUGUGCUAUAGCCUUUUACUGUCGGUCGCGUCGCGUCGGCUCGAUGGGCCAUCGCUCGACCGCUGCGUUGUGGGAAGCAACAGCAAGCGAGCAUCCAAUCAGCACUACCAACCAACAUACUCUCCAUCCAGCUCGUUAUACCAACCUCAUGGUGAAACAACAAACAUCUCUCUUAGGAAAUCUGCUAUUUUACGAAUACAUACUCGCCCACCGCACCCCUACUUUCCUUGAGAGAAACAGAGCGGAUGCGUUACUUGCCAAGCAACAAGAGGACGCAACUGGCAGCUGGCUACCUUCCCGCUCAUCCUCCAUCAACCGGGCACUUUGGAAACCGCCAUCUGAACAUUUCCUUAAAGCCAUCAUGAAGAGUCAUGUCGAACAUGAAGCCUUUGUCAUUGAAUUCAAAGGCAUUGAGCCUUUAAAGCAUCGAAAUGGCUCUUCGGCACGCCCGCCCCGGAAGAAAGCGUCCAUUUUUAUUGGGUGUGCUGAUAUCCACAUUGCGCUCUUAGAUAAAGGAUCCAACAAGCCUUCAGAAGAAUGCAUCAGAGCGGGUGUCAAAAUGAGGGGCAUGAGCUCUGAAAACGGGAAAGCCAUUCCAUUAGAUGUAUCUGCCGUUGAAUUUCCGGCUCAAAACUUAUUACGGCGAGGAUCUAGUUCUAGGAUCAAACCAUGGGACCUACGUAUCACCCUCACGUUUCAAGAUGCAAAGGAAGCAAAAGAAUUCCAUUAUCAGAUGUCAUCAACCACUUCGAAGAUACCGGUUCAUUCUACAACGCAGCUAACAAUGCAAUGGAACAAUAUCUUGCAAUGCCCAUCCAAGCCGCAUGUACAUCCCUUCACGUUUGCUGGGGAAAAGCCCAGCAAUCUCGGUCUCAAGGUGCUCACGCAUUGGAGAUCACCCACCGACACAUCAAUACUCGGGACACACAAUCGAUGGCUACGUUCGUCUAACGCAAUUACCCACACAAGAACAGCACCAUCAGACAUUCCACGACCCAAACGUCAUGAAGUAGUCUACGUCUUUCCCAAAGAUCCAAAUCCGAAAGUCUCAGCCAAGACAGUGAAGAAGCAAGGUCUAGUGUGCCAUUUCACACAUUGUAAACAUCCGGUCUUUCAUGAUAUAGACCAACUGCGAUACCAUCUCGACUCUUCACAUGAUCUGGUCAAAUACCAAUGCAAAAAGCUGAGCGGGUCGAGAGGGAUUCAUGUCUGGCAAUUCGCCAUUGAGAUCAACGACCAUCAAGCCUUUUACAAACGGGCUAGCAAUGCUGCUCCAGACCCACGAGAAGCUAAAUUACUGGCGCCAAGUAAACGAUUCAAUUUGAAGAAGUACCUCGACGAGGGAAAUGACGACUUCCAAAGAGAAGCUCGAUUGGAUAUUCCCCGGAAGCUACCGAUUAGAGCCUCAAAACCUCCAAGAUCAACCCGACUAGCCGCACAGAAAUCAUUCACGUUUACGGAUGACAUCCUCGAGAAACGUGUAUCGAGAGGGGCAAGGAAAACAUAUGUGGUCCCUAGGGCGCCACCGGGCAUAACCUUCUUCAGAUCAGUUACUAAAAGACCACUCCAGGAGGGGGAACUGGUCAGCGAAAGUGAGGACGAGGUCGACACCGAAUGGAUCGACCAUAAACGCAACAUGGAAUUCGAUGCCAAUCCCCCGUAUCCGAGUUCGGUAAGAGACUUCCUCAAGCUUUUCGACCCAUUCAUCAGAGACGAGCAGCUGCACUCGCAUGCACGUCUUGCAGAAUCAAUGGUUCGGUUUGCGCAUCUACAUGCAGAUGCGCUAUACCGGGACAACAUUGUGCAAGAGUUCGAACGUAAGCUUGACGAGCAGGUCGAGGAUGGCAUGAUUCCAGCCAUCGUACGCACUCUCUGUUUGGAGAUGAUAAGAAAGCGUACACCACCAACAAUGAGGCCGCCCCCACCAGUGCGCGAUUCUUCAAUUGGAGGCAAUACGCGGCAAUUGCAGUCAAUGAGUAAGAAGAAUCAAGCUGCCGGCGUGUGCCUUCCCAGAUCUAGCCACUUAAUCACCCACGCGACUGGUUCAGAAGGCAAUAUUGAAAUGCCCGAUGCAAAUCCAGUCAAAGAUGAAACGAUUACCCCCAAAGAAGAGUCAGAAGAGCCAAAAGAGCCAGAAGAGCCAGAAGAGCCAGAAGAGCCAGAACAACCCCCCUACGACCUCUGCAUAUGUGGCGAAGAUGCAACAGUCGAUACAAGUCGCCCAUUCAUGUCUUGCGACAACAUUGACUGUAUACGGCAUGCGUUCCACAUCGAUUGCAUAUGGCGCUACUGGGGAACCGCGCUCCCAAAACCGGUACCAAAUUCUACGUUCUACUGCAAAGACUGUUAUCUUCUACUUAGUCAGAAGUCGAACAGCGAAAGAAUACCUUGCAGAUAGCAGGAGUAAAAAGUAUACCUUCCAACCUUAUCAUAUCCUCCAUCAGCCCCUCCGACUUUAUUCUCCAAUUUUGUACGUUAUACAGCGUAUUAUAAGCAUAGCCAGCGUGCUGCGAGUCUUCCUUCUUCUCCUAUUCCUCGAUUUAUUUCUAGGGGGGCGGUCAACUAUCUUGUUCAUUAAAGCGUGCGGUACGGAGAGGACAGAGAAAUGUGGUUGUUUUAUCAGGGAACGACCCACUCCCCCUUUCCACUGCCCACACAUUUACUCUCUCAUCCGCAUCUAUAGAAACAAACACAUGUACAUAAGUUUAUCUGCUUUCCUUCUUUUUCUUAUUAAGUACUUCAGCCUUUUUCGGAAGCGAUGUAAAUGUUCCUUGUUUUUUCCAACUGAUACCAGACAUUAUGGGAAUUUUUUCCUUUUUCUUUCUUUUCAAUUUUUACUUAGAUUUCACUGAAAUGACAAUCAUCUUGAUAUGUUCCUGACCCCUUUUGUGAGGUAUUGAUUGUGUGAUGAUGGAGUCGGACUCUAGUUAUGGGUGAAACCCUCCAUCUAAUACUGUCCUUUCUCUAUUUUACUGAUUCUAGAUUUUCACUUCUCACCCCCUAUGGUGAAGACAAAUCCCAGGGCAUGAAGGCGUGCAAACAAGCUGUAAUUAAAG